AUGCGCAAAAUUACUCUGGGUCACACUGGUGACACUGGUGACACUGGUCACACUGGUCACACUAGUCACACUGGUCACACUAGUCACACUAGUCACACUGGUCACAAUGGUCACACUGGUCACAUUGGUCACAAUGGUCACACUGGUCACAAUGGUCACACUGGUCACACUGGUCACAAUGGUCACAAUGGUCACACUGGUCACAAUGGUCACACUGGUCACAAUGGUCACACUGGUCACAAUGGUCACACUGGUCACACUGGUCACAAUGGUUACAAUGGUCACACUGGUCACAAUGGUCACACUGGUCACACUGGUCACAAUGGUCACAAUGGUCACACUGGUCACAAUGGUCACACGGGUCACAAUGGUCACACUGG